AAUUAGAAGUUCCACCGCUACGCGGUGAUAGUGUUCCAACUUUAUGUAUAUAAAAUGAUCAAAUUUUAAUUUGCAAAAAGAAAGUUAAUCAAGAGAAUUAACAUGAACGUAACUAGAAGUUUGAAUAAAAAUCAAUCUGCUAUUUACAAUUGUUACAUGUUCCUCUAUUACGUAGGACCGAUACUCUGAAUCUACUGGCUAGAAUAAAUCUGACAUCUUGAAUAGAUUUAUUCAAGAUGUCAGAUCUAUUCUAUACAUUAUCUAUGAUUUUACAUUUGUAAAUAAAAAGUAUUUAUUACUAAUUGUUAUGAGUACAUAUACUACAUUAUAACAAAUAUGUAUCAACAUCAUUAUUGAGAAUAAGAAGAAAUAAUUCUUUGAAAAUGUCAUUAAGAAAGUUUAUGCAUCCAAGGAAUAAAUAUAAGAAAGUACCAGACUUUAAAGAACUUGCUUUAUUGUAUUCAGAGUUCCGUGAUAUUGCAAUUGUUAAUUUAACAGGCAAGAUAAAGAUUGAUUUCAAAAAUGAAGAAAGUCUGCGAAUACUUACAGAAGUAUUAUUGAAACAUGAUUUUAAUCUGGAAGUAAAAAUACCUGCAAAUAAAUUAGUACCAACAUUGCCAUUACGCUUAAAUUAUAUUUUAUGGAUUGAAGAUUUAAUGAAACAUGCUUCUUUUCACGAAAUGAAAGAAGUGAUUGGUGUAGAUAUUGGUACUGGUGCAGUUUGCAUUUAUCCUUUAUUAUUUGCAAAAAUGUAUGGAAAUCAAAUGAUUGCUACAGAAGUUGACGAAUCAAGUAUGCAAACAGCUGUUCAACAUGUUGAAAAUAAUAAUUUACAAGACAUAAUAAAAGUAUGUAAGGUAGAUGGAAGCACAAUAUUGAAGGAAAUUAUAAAAGAAAAUAAUGUAUAUCAUUUUACAAUGUGUAAUCCUCCUUUUUUUGAAAUAGAAGGAUCAUCAGAGAAAGUAAUGAAGCGACUACCACCAAGAAAUGCUCCAACUGGAAAUAAAGUUGAACUUACAGUUGAAGGUGGUGAAAGAGCAUUUGUAACACAAAUGAUUGAAGAGAGUAUAGAAAUUAAAGACAAAGUAAAAAUUUAUACUACUAUGUUUGGUAGAAGAAGUAAUUUAUUAUUUUUAUUAAAAUUUCUAAAGAAAAAAGAUAUAGAAAAUUCAACAUGGACAGAAUUCUGUCAAGGACACACAAAAAGAUGGGGAUUGGCUUGGUCAUUUCUACCCAAAGAUGUUAUUAAUUUGACAAAUGCACCUGUUAUUCGGAAAAGUGGAGAUUACAUUGCAAAAUUGUUAAGAGAACAACGUCCAACAGAAAUACAAUUCCCAAUGAGACAUAAAUUUUCUUCUUUUGACAACUUUGUUAAUUUUUUAGAAGAAAUACUGGAACAAUUACAAAUACAAAUCAAGGAAUUAAAUUUGCCAAUUGACGACUUUAAUGGUUGGUCGUGUCAACUAAUUGCAGAAAAUGAUACGUGGUCAUAUGCACGUAGAAAACGUCGAUUAGCUCAAAGAUUAAUAAAUCAAUCUGUGGAUCAUGACACAGAAUGUACAACUGUAAUAAAUGAUAUUGCAGAAAAUCCUGCGGAAAAAUUAUUAAAAAAGAACUCAGGAGAUAAAAAUGAACCUUUGUUAAUAUGUAGCUUUUUUGCUGAAAUAAUUGAACAUGAAGAAGCUGAAAAUGACGAUGUAAAAAUAUCUAUGAUCUACGAAAAAGGAACUGGUGGCAAGAAUGCCUUGGAAAUGUUUCGACAGUAUUUAAUAAAUAAAUUGGGUGUUAGAGAAUAUUUUCAGAAACAACAUGAGAAAUCGAACAAAAAGAAAAGAAAACGAUUAAAAACAAAUAAAAUUGAAAUAAAUUCAGAACAAGUUGAAAAUUCGCUUAAGAAUAAUACGGAAACUGUUUAAUAUGUGAAUUUAGGUUCCAUAGAAAAUAAUUUAUUUUAUACGUAAAUUUUAUGAAAUUAUAUAACAGAUUCAAAUCCUCACAUAGGGUGACGAUAAAACAACGGUGAUAAAAAGAUGGAGAAAAGCUUUUUACGUGAUGUAUACAGUAUAAAAAUGAACACAACUGUAUGAAUUUGUCUUGUUGAAUACAAUACAAAUUUUGUUCAUUAUUGAUUUCCAUGUAAUUUCAGUUUUACCUAUAAAUAUUUGUAUCGAAUUCAACAAGAUUAACCUCAGAUUAAUAGUAUCUAAAAAUGAAAAACAAUUACACAUAUGACUUCAAUAUGUAUUGAUGGCAACUAAAAUGGGGAAGUGACAGCGAUGCUUAAAUGGCACAAAACAAUGAUUUUGAAUAUGUAUUAAUAAAAGAGCCUAUCAAAAGUGUAGAAAAAAAAAACAAUUGACUUAUAAUCUACGAUAAUAAAGUCCAUUAUUCGUUUUAUAGAUAA